AUGCUCUUUUGUCCUACGUGCUCGAACCUCCUUGUGGUGUCUGGAGAAACGGGCUACAACAAAUGGUCCUGCAACACCUGUCCGUAUGAAUUUCCGAUCACCAAGCAGAUGACCUCGAGGACUAAACUGGUCAGAAAAGCCGUCGACGAUGUUCUCGGUGGUGAAGAGGCUUGGAAACAUGCCGACGCUACGAUGGGCAAGUCCUUGCUAGCAUCGUGUCCGACAUGUAACAACGACAAAGCGUACUUCUAUCAACUCCAGAUCCGUUCGGCAGAUGAGCCGAUGACUACUUUCUAUCGUUGUACGAAGUGUGCCCACCAGUGGCGCAACGCCGCAGACCGACAUGUCGAUAUGACGAUCGCAAUUGGACUCAUCGAUUCCUAA